CCCCCUUUUCAGGUUCUGAUCAGCAUGGUGUACCUGCCCGAGGCCAUGCCCGCCUCCUUCCAGGCCACCUACACCCCCGUGGAGUCAGCGGGGACCGAGGCCCAGAUCAAACACCUCGCCCGGCUCAUGGCAACGCAGAUGACGGCGGCGGGACUGGGGCCUGGUGUGGAGCAGACGAAGCAGCUGCGGGAGGAGCCCAAGGAGGAGAAGGUUGCCAAGCCCGACGUGGUGCUGAUCAAGCGGCGCCUGUCGGCCCUGGGGCAGGGCCAGGCCAUCGCCGUGCUGGGAGCACACGGAACAGCCCCGGGCCACGACGAGGCCCCACAGGCCAAGAGGAGGCCAGAGCCCAUCCUGCCGUCCACACAGCCACGGCUCCCAGGAGCAGGAGGUCGGAAGAAGGUUUUCCGGCUCAGCGACGUCCUGAAGCCGCUCAGCGACGUCCAAGUGGAGAAACUCAAACUGGGAGCUGUCAGGAGGAUCCUGCGCUCUGAGAGGGCCGUGGCAUCCAGCGGGGCUGCACAG